CGCCCUGCCCUGCCUGAGUUUUCAGUUGAGUACGCCAGGGCAGCGGGGCUCUAUUAUAUAACUUUGAUGUACUCACGGGUUUAAUGGCGCAAGAGCAGAAUAUCGCGGCGCAGAUCCGUGGAAUCAUUGCGGAAUAAUCCUGAUAUUGCAGGACAAAGAAAUGGAUCAGGGUGAACUGAAGCGCACCGGUAAUCGAGACGACAGCCUGACAUUUGGGGAGACGCUGGCCGCAGGUGACACAGCUGGUCCAGCGCUCCAGUCCGCGGCCGACCGGCCAGGCCAAGGGCCUCUGCCCCAGCCGGCGGCGGGCCUAAACGGGAGGUGUGGAAACAAAAACCGAGGGGAGCCCGGAGGCCUCUUUGACUCGCCUCAGCAUCGCGUCCUGUUUGAGGGCUCAGACCCAGAGGAGGGUAAAGUCGUUAGCAUGCAGAAACAGCACCAGGGCAUCGUCCGAUUCAACGCGGAUGGCACCGGGCCGCCGCUGAAACGCGGCAUUUCCGAUCUCGAGCAGACGGCCGCCUCGGUCAUAAGCGCCUCGGUCUCCUCCAUCCUUGGCAACCUCCCCCUGCCGGACCUUUUCCCCCAGCACAUCAAGCAGGAGGCUAAUUUUUCUCCAGAUGAAGACCUGGAAACUUACUGCGGGCACACAGGCCCCGGCUCCGGUGAUUUGGAUGGCAACGGCAGUCGCCAAAUCGAGGAUUUGGAGAUUUGGCAAGACCUGGACCUUCCCAAUACCCUGCCAGAAAUCAGCGAUUUUGAUUUGGAUUCAGAAGUGGCCCACUUGGAUAACAUCCUCCAUGACAGCAGGGGGGCUGGUGGUGGUGGUGGUGGCGGCGGCGGCGGCGGGUCGGUCAGCGGCUUGCUGAAUGAGCCAAAGCCCCUCACGGGCAAAGAAUUGAACUCUACCAACGGCAAUGGCUCGGAUCCGCAUCACCACCCCGUGCACCAUCGGCACCACCUGCUACAGCACCAGCAGCAUCAGCUCCAACUACAGCAGCAGCAGCCCGCCUCACUUCUCUCCAGCGUCAUGAUCAAGGAAGAGAAGGAUCCGGACGACUCCUUCAUCCACAUCCGUACUCCCGGUGUGGUCAAGCAGGAGAAGCAGGACAGCGCUGGCUUCUGCCAGGCGCAGUGUCUCCAGAGCAGCAUGAGCUCCCACCACGGGGGAGGCCCCAUGUCCUCGCCUCUGGGCUUGGGAGUAGGAUCUAGCUACCACUACAGAGCCAGCCCGUCCACCGCUGUAGGCCCGGCGGACCAGGAGCCUUACGCCCUGUACCCAAACCUGCCUCUGGCGGGGGAGAGCUGGGCCCGGGGGAGCAGGUUCGGAGAGACAGCCGGGUUGCAGAGGGGCGAGGACGAAGGGCUCCCGUCUGCUGCAGCCCUGUCAACCUUUUCUGUCGGCUUUUCCAGCUCAUCACCGAGAGCUGGGGAGACGGUCGGUUCUGCAGGGGCGGGCCAAUCAAAGCCCAGUGGGCAGACGCACAAGAUCUGUUUGGUGUGUUCAGACGAGGCCUCGGGAUGCCACUACGGUGUUGUAACCUGCGGCAGCUGCAAGGUGUUCUUCAAGAGGGCCGUGGAAGGAUGGAGAGCACGACAAAACACAGAUGGUCCAAGCAGCGAUGAAUGGGCACCUUCCCCCCUUCUGCACAUCAGAGGUCAGCACAACUACCUGUGUGCAGGGAGGAAUGACUGCAUCAUUGAUAAGAUCCGCAGGAAGAACUGCCCCGCCUGCCGCUUCAGGAAAUGUCUUAAAGCCGGGAUGAACUUGGAAGCGAGGAAAAACAAGAAGCUGACCAAGAUGAAAGUCCCCGUCAUGCCCGUCCCGGUCAUCCCCCGGCCCAUGCCCCAACUCGUGCCCACAAUGCUGUCGGUGCUCAAGGCCAUCGAGCCAGAGGUCAUCUACUCGGGCUAUGACAGCACCCUGCCCGACACCUCCUCGCGGCUCAUGACCACUCUCAACAGGCUGGGGGGGCAGCAGGUCAUCUCAGCGGUGAAGUGGGCCAAGUCGCUGCCAGGUUUCCGCAACCUGCACCUGGACGACCAGAUGACUCUGCUGCAGUGCUCCUGGCUGUUCCUCAUGUCCUUCAGUCUUGGCUGGAGGUCUUAUGAUCAGUGCAACGGCAGCAUGCUCUGCUUCGCCCCGGAUCUUGUCAUCAACAAGGAGCGAAUGAAGCUGCCCUUCAUGACCGACCAGUGCGAGCAGAUGCUUACCAUCUGCAACGAGUUCGUCCGACUGCAGGUGUCCUACGACGAGUAUCUGUGCAUGAAGGUCCUCUUACUGCUGAGCACAGUACCAAAAGACGGCCUGAAAAGCCAGGCGGUGUUUGACGAGAUCAGGAUGACGUACAUCAAGGAGCUUGGAAAAGCCAUCGUCAAGAGAGAGGAGAACGCUAGUCAGAACUGGCAGCGUUUCUACCAGCUAACUAAGCUACUGGACUCCAUGCAGGAGAUGGUCGAGGGUCUUCUGCAGAUCUGUUUCUACACCUUUGUGAAUAAAACCCUCAGUGUGGAAUUCCCGGAGAUGCUGGCGGAGAUCAUCAGCAACCAGAUACCAAAAUUCAAAGACGGGAGCGUCAAGCCUCUGCUGUUUCAUCAGAAGUGACUGCCUUAAACUGUGAAGCAAUGCCUUAAUACCCCGCCCCCGCCCCCAGCUGUUGCCCCCCGAGCCUUUGGCCCGUCCUGCCUCCCUCAUCACUACGAUUCAACUGCUUCGUUUUCCCAGGCCCCCUUUAAGAAUCUGCCACACACACACAGACACACACACACACACACACGGCCGGCCGCAGCCAUUCAGCCUAAUCUGGGAGCACAAUACCUCUUCAUGCCUCCAGAAAGUUGGUACCAGAUUGGGACAAACUAGGGCAGGACAUCCGACCAAGCGACCCGUUGGCCGUCUUUUUUUUUCGGGUAACCAAGAAGAAAUCCCCCCCCGCCCCCCCACGCUAGGUGAAAUAUUUUGGCUCAGAAUGUCUCAUGCGGACGGGAUGUAUUUUGCUGGAUCUAUUUUUUUAAGCCUAUUUCCCCCUCUUGUCCCUCGUCCAGGGUCCGUCCUCAGGUUUCUGAUGCUGUUUAUUUUGGUGGCCACCUGCCUCCAGUGUUUUAUUACUGUUUGCUGAGAGGAUUACACCUAGAAACACCUUCUCCGCCCUCAUCAUGACACCCGAUAUACUGUCCAACUCUCUGGAUUAGUAGCUUACAGAAGCUCCCUCCAAACUCAAGCCUACUGUACCUCUCUGCUCACCCGCCCAGCGCGUCUCCGUCCGCCCCACCCCACCCAUCUCUGCUGCACGGAGAAUGUAGUUGUCUUUAUUGUGGUUUCCAGAAGACGCUUGGCAACGAAGGGGACAACCCGAAAAACAGUGAAAUAUUUAAAAACAUAUUCUGACACGAGGACUGGAGCCAAGAACAAUGAGGACAAACUAUUUUCAGCUGUGAGUCCGUUUUUCAUCUCUGAAAUGACGUGAAUUCGAUCCACACACGUGACCAACGGAAGAAAGAAAAAAAAAAAAAAAAAAACAGCUAGGGGGAAAAUUAUUUUCAUGCAGACACACAUUUCUGACCACACAUGCAAAAGUCACACCUACACAAGCCUACACACACAUUUUUCACAAGUUUUCACAGACAAACCCACUGAAUAUAAUGUUUACACAGGGAUUCUGACAAGGGAAACACAGUGCCUUUUAGCUUUCAAAGCUCCUCAUAGCCAUCCUCUCUAAACCGUGGUUUCUUUUUUUUUUUUUGCAUAUGAAACUAACCUCUAAAAAAUAGUUUCUGUUUUUGUUUUCCUUUCUGGCAACUUUCUUUCCAAGCAGUGGUUUUUAGGGUGUUUUUACAGCAGCUCUCUCGGUUCUAUUCCCCUCUCAUGAAUGUAAGGAAGGCAGCCAAUGGUACCGCUUAAGAAUACCUAACAAAUAUUAACAUCUUCGUGUUUUGGAUCGUGAAAAGUUUGAGAAUCAUAGAAAAAGAGUAAUCAAAUGUCAACGUGGUCCCCAAUACAUUUUGUGUGUCUUUUACCCAAUCAGCAUCCCAGUGUUAAAGUAAGUCAACAAACAUAAUGUUGAACACAAAUCCAAAUACUUAAACGAGGUUGUGACAAGCUGCAACCGCAAUGGUGCUAAAUGGACACCACUGGAAUAAACUAAAUAUGUCUGAUGCUUUCUAAUAAUUAGAGGCAGACCUGAUGGACUUUAACAUUACGAUUAAGAUAUUGCAUGAAUGGCUUAAUUUAAAUCAAAUGUGUGUUUUUCAAUUCAUUCAGGUGCAAUGAAACAAGUGUGGUUUAAAGAACUAGAUUGCCUUUGAACAGAACUUCCAAAGCUUGGGUGUGUGAUAGUAAAUAGCCAUAAAUAUUCAAGCAGGCCAGCUUGAAGUCAGAACCGUCCUCGUGUUGCCGGCUGCAGUCGUACUGAAGUUCUAGUUCAGUUAUUGGUUUUAUACAACGUGGUUUCAUGAAUUGACCUUGCCAGACUGCCCGUUCUCACACAAGAAAUAAUAGUAAAGUCAAAUAUACAUAAAAAAGAUUUAAAGGUGAUGUUGUAAUGAGACUGGCAGGAUUUUUUAAAUACUAAUUUAAAUUCAAUAUACCUUUAUCUCAAUCACUGCCUGCACAAACAGGCAGUGAUUUAUUAUUAAAUUGUUGAGCUAAAUAUGGCUGACAAGGUAAUUAUAUAUACAUGUUUGUUUUGUAUGUGAGGUAUAAAAAUGGACACACCAGUAAUCUAUACAACCUCUGUUCGUCGCACAAGCUGUCACCUCUAAAGUCGAAAUAUUUUUGGAAGAAAUUGCAGUUUUGGUCCAAAUAAUUUGUGAGUCAAAGCUCAGACAAUGAGUGACUACAUCUGGUCGAUGUGCUCCACCAGUGCCAAAUGCGAAAUCAACGUUUUAUAUGUCUUUUCCUGCAGAUGUGAAAGUUGUCAUGGGAUUUUUGUAAUUUUGCUUGAGGGUUCUCAUUUGUGAGUUCAAUGUCACACUUACACCAGCUUAAAAGUACACGUUGUUGUCAUCCGCGUUAAGUGUAGAAGAGGCUUUGCUUUUGGAGGUGUACAAAAUAUUGUAUUUUUGAAAUGGCAAAGUAAGCAGUGACAUCUACUGCUGUCGAACAAAGGUUGGUGGUCAGCUAAUGGAAAACAUGUUUGUACCAGCUCAUGUGUUGACCAAAGUAAAAGGCAUCAACACACACACACACACACACACACGCGCGCACACACACAAUAAUCCUCCGCCGCCCGCUUGGUUCUAUCUAGUGUAACCGCUUUGAUUAUUGACCACACGGAUUCUCAACUGUUUACUCUGAAUGGUACUCCUCCACGGCGCAUACCUCUGAUUGGCAGUUUGGAGACCAGGUAGCAGGUUGCCAUGGAAACUGGUCAUCUGCGCGUCACUCGCAGCUAACGGGCACGGCUGUCCUCCGGCGGACACGAGCCGCCGGUCAAUCAGACUAAUAAGGUUUCAUUAACCAUGUUUGGCUGUGAAAGAACACAGGCUGGAUGCCCUUCGCGUCAAUGUUGAUCCUUUCGGGGAGGAUUCGACUGUCUUGUUUGUUUGGGUGACUUUUGCAUACAGUAUUACAGUUGUUUUCAGGCGGCGGUGCCUCAGAAAACCAGCAUUAACGUUUAGAUGCAACCAUAUCCACGCUCAUCCUAAAGGGCCAUAGGUGUGUAUAUAGCAGCGCCGACAUAUCCAGUGCAAUGUAAACAGUAUCUACUAUUACAAACUAUUUUUACAUGGACGUAACCUAUAUACUUUUUUUCUCUUUUACCUUUCAACGACAUGUAAGGAGACGAGACAGCCAUAGACAUCCACUUCGAAUGAAGAGAGAUAAACCCUUAACAAAUGUCGAUGCUUUUUGGAGAUUGAUUAGAAAAUAAAACUUAUUUUAUUUCUGCGAUUUUAAAUGAAUCCCCUCGAUCCACUUUGAUAUUAAUAAUUUUACCUAAUCCUUUUUGUACAUUGACAGAGGCAAGAAAGUAAAUAUUUUUUUUUUCCUGUUGGUUUGUGUUUGAUGAAGGUAGAUGUGUUGAAUACAUUUAGGAACUGCUAAACUUGUUUGUCUUGUGAAGUACAUGUAAAUUCUACGAGUCAAUGGGAAUGUCAAUAUGAACGCUCACUGUGUUGUAAAGUUAUGAGGAAACGAUGGAGAGGGCGGGACGGAAGAUCGGCGAGACAGAAAGAGGGUUUUUUUUGAGUUAUAGAAGAGUGACCAAAGCAGGGGAGAGGAAAAAAAAAACAUUUUAACAAACGAAAAGAAGUAUUCAAGCAGUUACAUUUUAAGUAGCACUUGUAAUCCAACUCCUAGUACUUCAUCUUUUGUUGAAAGGUAUAUUUUGUAAAUGUCCAGGCUUUGGAUCCCGUGUAUAUUGCUGUGAGGAUUUACCGGUCACUUUAAGAUAGAAAACGUAACAAAAAAAAAAAAGGUUGAAUCUCGCGUAAAAGUAAAUCUACCAGAGCCUGAUGGAAUUGCACUACCCUCAUACUGGUGGAUAAAGUCUAUUUUGUAUAAAAUACAUGCAAAUAUUAUCUUUAAAGAUUAAGGGCAGAUCACAAUUCACUGGUACAUAUGGCUAUGGCUUUCAUUGUUCUGUUUUAUUCGUAUUUCAGUUAUGUAAUCGUAAUCCAAUGUAAAAACAAACAGAGAAUAUAAAAUGUUUGUUUAAAAAAUACAAAAUAGUUUGUUUUACUUCUGUAAUACACCUCUCCUGUAGUCAGUGUCGAUAUCUUCACCUAUUUGAUUAAAUGUUGAAUUAAGUUAUCUGUGUUGUUCUCUGUCAUUGGAUUCGACCUCGUGUUGGUGAUGUUUUUGUCAUCACAGGUUGAAAGUGGAGACUCGGAAGAACUCAUUUCUAUUAAGUUCAAAACAUCUCACACAAUAAAGUGUCCUGCUUUUCAAUGCUCA